CACAACUCCCGACCAUACGGGUGGCUAAAUUGUAAUUUAAAAUUUUAAAAAAUAAAACCAAUAAAAUCACUCGCCUGACUCCAACCCUAUUUUUUAUCUCCUCUUCUAGAGAACCGCUCUCCUUCCCAGAUAUAAAACCAAAUUACACCCUCUUCCGAUCCAUUUCCUCCUCCGCCGUCUUUCCGCCUAUAUCACGGCCAAUCAAUCCUCUCCACGUGCCAAAAAUCCUCUACAAACAUCACCUCAUGCACUAGUUCCGGCGCCACACUGACUCCACAAACAUAAACCUUCAUUUCCAAUCGUGGAUCGACGGCAUGGCAAGCGGCCACUCCCACCGCAAACAUCGGAGGAGAAAAAAGAAGAACACGAUUCUGCCGCCUUCCCUACUGUUUAUUCCCCGUACACUCAGCCCGAUUCCGCAGAGUUAUCUGCAGUAGUCUCAGCUCUAACUCAAGCCAUGGGAAGCGGAAGCGACAUCCAGCAGACGGUGGCGGUAAAAGAAGAACCGCCAUCAUCAGACGCGUCUCAACCUUCUCCACAAGAUCAAGAAAAUCCGAGAAGACGACACUACAGAGGAGUAAGGCAAAGACCCUGGGGCAAAUGGGCAGCUGAAAUACGUGACCCGAAGAAGGCAGCUAGAGUCUGGCUUGGCACGUUCGACACUGCAGAGGAGGCGGCCCUUGCAUAUGAUAAAGCAGCGUUAAAGUUCAAAGGUAACAAGGCCAAGCUAAACUUCCCCGAACGAGUACAAAGCGAUAUAGAGCUCCGCUAUUUCCCUGCAAGCAGUGGUGGAGAUUCAAGUGCCUCGCGCCCAGAACAAAAUCCCACCCCUGUAGUUCCUCCACCUUCACCGUGGACGUCCCAGGAAUCAUAUCCGCACUUGUUUCAGUACGCACAACUGCUCUCUAGUAACAAUGAAGAAGAUAUCUCUUAUUACACCUCAAAUCUUUUGAAUCCAAACCAACGUCUCUCGCCAAAUGUUUCUCCAUUCACCUUAACGUCAUCGUCCUCUGCGUACUCUCCACAGUCACAAGAAGAGUUGAUGAGGUCUCCGGCCAUGUGGGACAGUUCCAAUGCUUCCAAUCGUGGGGAACAAGGAAAGGACUUUUAAUUUCUCCCUUACCUAGUUAACAAUGAUUGAAAAUGUGUGGAAGAGGUCACUAGAAAGUAUUUCCUCUCUUGAAUUUCGUAGUUGUGGAUGGUCUGCUUUUUUAUCAGACUAGUAUUAAAAAAAAAAAAGAAGAAGAAGAAGAAGAAGAAAACUGAGUGAUCUAUAGUACCCCGGAAGGACAAGUAUUUUUGGAGUUUCUCUAUUGCGAUUGGCCGAAGGUAUGAAGUACUGUCAUGAAAAUUGCAAGUUUGCUUCCAAGGUGGUGGUAUUUUUUAUUUUUUGGGCGAUGGGGAAGCUUGUGGUUAAUUUUUUUGGCCCACCCAACUACUUUCUACUUUCUUUGUUAAUUAGAAUGAGACAACAUUGGUCAGGUUGGUAUGAUGAGAGUUAAUCUAUUAGAUUAAUGGAAAAGUAUUUC